AAAGAAUUUUUAGCUGCUGCAUGCAUGCAUUUAAUCUAAUACUGUACGUGUGUGUGUGCGCAGACAUCGAGCAGCGCGUGCGCGCGCUGGCGGCCGGCGUGCCGGACGACGACGCGGCGGACCACUCCUUCGCGGAGCGGGCCGAGAACUACUACCACCGCCGCCCGCAGCUGCUCGCGCUCCUCACCGACCUCCACCACCGCUACCUCUACCUCGCCGACCGCUACGCCCACUCCCUCCUCGCCAACGCCAAGUCAUCGGGGCACUCCCACCACCUCAACCUCAACCUCAGCUCCGACUGUUCCUCGGACGUCGACGACCGCUCCUCCGACGCCGGAAGCUCCCUCUCCUUCCAGCCCCACUCCGGCAUCGCCGAUGACCACCACCACCCCGCUGCUCCGGCGCUCGCGUUCCCGGGCCCGGUGGACGGCGAGCUGGUGGUGGCGGAGCUGGUGAUGGCGUGGGUGGACCGGGACGUGCUGGCGGACGAGGCGGACCGCCGGCGGGCCGAGUCGGCGCGCAAGAUCGACCUGCAGGGGAGCCUGCUGGAGGUGCUCGAGUCGGAGCGCCUCGUCCUGCUGGGCGAGAACGCGCGCCUGGCCUUCCGCGCCUCCGCCGCCGAGGAGGAGGCCGCGGCCGCCGCAGCCGAGCUCGGCUACACGCGCCGCCGCGCGGCGGACAUGGCCCGGCUGGCGGUGAAGCUGCGGGACGACCACCGGGCGUGCAUGCUGGGGCGGAAGGUCGAGGCGCUGCAGGCGCAGGUGUACGGGCUGGAGCUCCGCAACCGCGAGUGCUUCGAGGCCAUGGCCGCCUGGGAGGCCGAGCGCAAGGCCGGCGUCGCCGAGAUCGAACGCCUCCGCGCCGAGAACCGCCGCCUCGCCGCAGAGGCCGCCCAGGCUGCAGCUGCAUCGAGGAGGAAGCGCGGGGGCGGCAAGGGUGGCGGGAGCAGCGGGUGGUGGUGGCUGGCGAGGGUGCGGCUGGCGGCGGAGUGGACGCCGUGCGCGCCGUCGUCGGUGACGGUGAGGAAGGUCGGCGAGCAGAUGAAAGGCGGCAAGUACAACGGCGGCUGCUUCUGCCUGUAGGCAGGCGGCGGCGACGGCGUCGUGGCACCGGCGGCGAGGGUCUCUGCUUUUGGUGCUUCUUUUUGGCUUGCCCCCUUGGAUUAUGGCCGAAUUACACAGGGGAUGAUCGGCGAAGAGAUGAUAAUUAUGUAGCUGUUCUUGGACUGGUUGUACUCCACCACUGUCAUUGUCACUAAUGGAGCUGUGAUGCUUCUGUCAGUGGAGAUGGAGAUGGGCAAAGUAUAUAUGCUAGUACUAUUAUUAUGAGAGACUUGUAGCAGUAGUAAUUACAUUAGUAGUCAGCAGUAGUAAUGUCCAAUGUGAUGCAAAGCUGUUGGUUU